UUUUUUCAAAAAACUUCCUUUAGCGCCAAACCACCUACAUUUUGCCAAUAUAUAGCAAGUAACGGAAAACAUCUUUUCGUCUUGUAUAUAUAACGAUGGCAGUUCCGGCUUCCCUUCCAGCCUUGCUGGACUCCUUAACAAACUCAUUAAAUUCCGCAUUCGAAGCUACACCCAAGAUAUCCGGCAUCGAACCUACCAAGGACGGAGUAUCCCUCCUCGAUGUCAAAAACGAGCUUCUUCUCUCUUACCUACAGAACCUUGUGUUCUUAAUUUUACUUAAGAUCAGAAAUGCAAAGGAGACUAUCUCGGGAGGCUCGGAUGAGUCUAGCGGAUCUGACCUCUCGGACGCAGUUGUUAAGAAGUUAGUUGAACUACGAUUGUACCUCGACAAAGGUGUUCGGCCCCUUGAGGAUAAAUUGCAAUUUCAGCUCGAUAAAAUACUCCGCGCAGCCGAUGAUGCUGAGCGAAUUGCUGCCCAGGCAGAGGAAGAUGCCGAGUCAGAGUCUGGAUCCGAGUCGGGCGAGGAAGAAAACGACGAAGAUGCUUCCGAAACCGAAGCUCCUGCCCGCCCUAUACUUGGUCUUUCAGCGAAGCAAUUCGGCCCAAGCUUUAGCAACUUUGCUCCACCUACAAAUCCCGUGGGUAUGGCCGCUGUUACAGCGACACAAGACAAGACAGGCGUAUACCGUCCGCCCAAGAUCACGCCGACCGUCAUGCCCACACUCGACCGCAGGGAACGAGGCGAGCGGAGACCUAUGAAGUCCGCCGCCGUCGAUGAAUAUGUCGCAAAUGAGCUAUCACACGUGCCAGUUGCGGAACCUAGUAUCGGAACGACAAUCGUGUCUGGCGGCAGGAAGAUAAAGACCGCGUCCGAGAGGCAGGAGGAGAACCGCAGGCGCGAAUACGAAGAGUCCAACUUUGUACGAUUGCCGAAGGAGAGCAAAAAGGACCGCGCUAAGCGCAAUAAGGUCGAGGGACGAAGCAACAAGAUGACUUUCGGUGGUGAAGACUGGCGAGAUCUCGGCGAAGGUGUAGACCGAAUCGAGCGAUUGACUAGGCGUAGAGAAGGCGGCGGUAAUACGAAGGCGCUCUUGGAGAAGAGUCGCAAGAGAACUAGGGAGACAACAGAUGGAGCCCGUGGAAGUGGUCAUGGCAUGGGCACUCGGGAGAUCGGCGAUAGAUUCAAUAAGCGUCUUAAAGUUAUGGAGGGCGGGCGCAGAGACCGAGGAAAACGUUAACGAUAUUAUGUCGAUGAAAUAUCAUUGGAUUACCCUAGGCUUUUUGGUUUGGAGUAAGAUCAUACUACUCUAACAUUAGGCGUUGAAUUGGGAGUUGGAGUGCUUAAAGCACAGUAAUACAAGAUAAAUCCUUGCCAUACCAUCAUAACGCCGCCAGUUCUUCUACCUUCAUUGUAUUAAGUGCCUCUAAUCCUACAUGAUCUAGCAACCUACGACCAAAUCCAACCUCCAAAUAUGCAUGCAAUACAACGAGGAUAAUACAUUUUAUGAUUAAAAUACAUCAGCAGGUUGAUGAAACCUAUUGCACACUAGGGUUCCCGUUCGAGCAU